CUGGACGGAGCCGUCCGGCGAGACACAGUCAGUUGGUGACGGGCUCCGGAGCAGACAGCACCGACAGGUCUCUCCACGUUCAUCAUGAGGCUGACGGCGGCUCUCGUGAUAUUGGCUGGGUUGCAGCUGGUGACGGCAGUGAAGCCCCCGGGUCACCCCCACGGCCCACCGCGGCCUCUCCACCGCGCCCAGCUACCCCCUGGACCACCGUACUUGCGCUACCCUCCUCCGGGCCCCCACGGCAGGUACGGUCCGCGCCCGUACGGCCCCGCUCCCCAUAUCCGUCCGUACGGUCACCCGUACCCUCACCCGCCGCCGCCGCCCCACCGGGCUUCACCACACCCGGCUGCAGCAACCACUACAGCAGCGCCAUCUGCUCACACCGAACCCGAGACGGUGGCGCCACCUGAGACGACCCAGGCGGUCAUUUCGACUGCUCAGCCGGAGUCCGCCACUGAGACCAGCACGGAGAGCUCCGUGUAUUUCUCGACGGCGCCUCAUGUAGCAGGGACGCUGAGCAGCGCCGCCGGACCGGCAGCCGCCGUCGCAGAGGCUCCUCCGACGACUGAGUCCAAAUCAACGUCGGCCGAGUCGGAGUCGGAAUCGGAGCACGCUCCGAAGACGUCAUCAGCACCUCGUCCGCCGCUCUACCGGCCGCCCCCGUCCGCCCGACCGGUGUAUCGUCCCCCGCCGCGUCCCGCCCAUCCCCACCAGCCCCCGUACGGCUACCGGAGUCCCGUAUCCAGCUACCAGCACCGUCCCGCCCCGCACCCACCCCGCGGGCACUCCAAGCCCAAAACCUACUACGCCUCAGGCAAACGGCCGUCACCUUCGACCACUCCGAUCCCUUCAGUGACCACUGCUGCUCCGGAGCCUGAACCAGAGGUAACCGAGGCCGCCCCAGCCCCCACCCAGGCCCCAGUGACCGCUACCAGUCAGGUGACCGCCUCUCCCGAGGUCAAAUACUCCACGGAAGCAGCCUCAACCACCGCCGUCCAUCCUACGUCGCUCGCUCCCACCGGUCCCCCCGCUCCCACCGAGGUGCCCGCCGCCCCGGAGUACGUCGAGAGGAGACCGGAGACGCCGGUCGUCCCCAGCUACCCCACUGCACCCGUCCCCAGCCGGCCACAGUACCCCAGGCCGCAGUACCAGCCGACUUACGAGACCAGUGAAGACGAGGACGACAGCAGCAGCAUUCCAGGCGUGGCCAACGUGGAUUACCCCACGUUGUCUGAGGUCCCCGAGACCAGCUUCACCUGUGAAAAUAAACUACCCGGCUAUUACGCUGACCAAGAGGCCUCCUGUCAGGUGUGGCACUACUGCGGUCUCGGGGUGAACCGGCAGUCGUUCCUGUGUCCGGUGGGCACCGUCUACUCCCAGACCACCCGCGUCUGCGACUGGUGGUUCAACGUCAACUGCGCGGCCUCAGAGUCCCUGUACGGGGUCAACGCCGACCUCUACCAGCCGGCGGCGGCGGCGGGGGAGGCGGCCUAUGGCCAGAGGCGCAGCGCCCCGGCGGCCGGCCCGCUGGCGCCCCAGCCGUACGCCCAUGGCCCUCAUGAGUAUCACUCGCUGCCUCCAGCCAACGGGGAGCAGUGAGGAAGGGGUGACGUGCAGAGGAGUUGUGGCUAAUGUGGGAGAAUGUUGGGAGGAACGGUCGUCGCCGUCUCAACCGGUCUUUCUAGCGGGUAAUAGGAGAGUUGAUUGAGUGUCUAGAUAGGAAAUACGAUACGUGUGGUGGAUAAUGAUUGCGGGGGUUAUGUGGAGUGCAUAAUUAGGCACCGCUGCACUUUAUUUAUUUCGUUCUCCGUAUAAGGAUGAUUUUGUGUAUAGUUUUAUGUACCUAUAUAUCACCGCACCUUUGUUAGUCAUCAAAAUAUGUCACACUAGUGGCGUUUGUUCAUCACAAUUUACCAGACGUUAUAUUUAUCUAGUGUGGAUUGCCUACUUAUUGCGUAAAGGCUUUUGUUCACGUCACAUCAAACUAUUCUCAGAGGUAAUUGCACGGAUAUUUGUGUAUGCUCUGUGAUUUGAAGUAAAAGGUCCUUCUUGUGUCAGUUGUUAAGUGUAAGCUUUUAUGUUUUCUAGAGUUGCCCCGGAGUUUUGUUCAGUGAAUAUUAGCAGAAAACGUUAAACGGGCGUCAAAUUAUUCUAAAUCAUUGCAGUUUUUAUGUGACAAUUCCUUUUAAUUCGGCAUGCUCAUGUGUGACUUGCAGUGGUCAGUGUGCUCCUGAGUCCUGUAGAACUGAGGUGAAAAUACACGAUGUGCUUAGUUUUU